GCGCGGCGCGUCCCCCCUCCCCCCGCCUCACGCACCCGCCCCGGCCGGCCCUGCCCGCCCCGUUCGCUCUCCGUCCCGCCGGGGCCCUCCCGGGGCCACCCUUAUGGCUCCUCAGAAGCACGGUGGAGGAGCGGGGCCCAGCUCGGGCUCCGCUGGCGGCGCCGCCGGAGGAGGAGGUGGCGGCGGAGGAGGCGGCGGGUUCGGGGGCUCCGCCGCGGCGGCGGCUCCCGGUGGCAAAUCCGGCGGUGCCGCGGGCGGCGGCGGCGGCGGAGGAGGCAGUGGGUACUCGGGCGGCUCCUCGGCCUCCUCGGCAGCGGCGGCUGCGGCAGCGGCGCUGCCCCCCGUGAAGAAGCCGAAGAUGGAGCAGAUCCAGGCCGACCACGACCUCUUUCUUCAGGCCUUUGAGAAACCAACACAGAUAUACAGAUUUCUACGUACCCGGAAUCUAAUAGCACCAAUAUUUUUGCACAGAACUCUCACUUACAUGUCCCACAGAAACUCCCGAACAAAUGUCAAAAGGAAAACAUUCAAAGUAGAUGACAUGUUAUCAAAAGUAGAGAAAAUGAAGGGAGAACAAGAAUCUCACAGCUUGUCUGCUCAUUUGCAACUUACAUUUACUGGGUUCUUCCAUAAAAAUGAUAAGCCAUCACAAAACUCAGAGAAUGAACAAAAUUCUGUAACUCUGGAAGUACUGCUGGUGAAAGUUUGCCACAAGAAACGAAAGGAUGUCAGUUGUCCAAUAAGACAGGUUCCUACAGGUAAAAAGCAGGUGCCUUUAAACCCAGACCUCAGCCAAAUAAAACCAGGCAACUUCCCGUCACUUGCAGUUUCCAGUAAUGAGUUUGAACCAAGCAACAGCCAUAUGGUGAAGUCUUACUCAUUGUUAUUCAGAGUCACUCGCCCAGGAAGGAGAGAAUUUAAUGGACUGAUCAAUGGCGAAACGAAUGAAAACAUUGAUGUCAAUGAGGAGCUUCCAGCUAGAAGAAAAAGAAACUCUUCAAAUCGUGAAGAUGGGGAAAAGACAUUUGUAGCACAAAUGACUGUAUUUGAUAAAAACAGACGCUUGCAACUUCUGGAUGGGGAAUAUGAAGUGGCCAUGCAGGAAAUGGAAGAGUGUCCCAUUAGCAAGAAAAGAGCAACAUGGGAAACGAUUCUGGAUGGGAAGAGGUUGCCUCCAUUUGAAACAUUUUCUCAGGGACCUACACUUCAGUUUACUCUUCGUUGGACAGGAGACACAAAUGAUAAGUCUACAGCUCCUAUAGCUAAGCCUCUUGCAACAAGAAAUUCUGAAAGCCUCCCUCAAGAAAACAAGCCCAAUUCUGUUAAACCUACUCAGACUAUAGCUGUGAAAGAAUCUUUGCCUACAGACCUUCAGACAAGAAAAGAGAGGGAUGUUUUAAAUGAACCCCGACAGAAGUUGCGAAUAUUUUACCAGUUCCUUUACAACAAUAACACAAGGCAGCAGACCGAGGCCCGCGAUGACUUGCACUGCCCCUGGUGCACCCUGAACUGUCGGAAACUCUACAGUUUACUCAAACAUCUUAAACUCUGCCACAGCAGAUUUAUCUUUAAUUAUGUUUAUCAUCCAAAAGGUGCUCGGAUAGACGUGUCCAUCAAUGAGUGCUACGAUGGCUCCUACGCAGGGAACCCCCAGGACAUCCAUCGCCAGCCCGGGUUCGCCUUCAGCCGCAAUGGGCCCGUCAAAAGAACUCCAAUCACACACAUCCUGGUGUGCAGGCCCAAGCGCACGAAAGCGAGCAUGUCUGAGUUCCUGGAGUCGGAGGACGGGGAGGUGGAGCAGCAGCGGACGUACAGCAGCGGGCACAACCGGCUCUACUUCCACAGCGACACCUGCCUGCCCCUCCGCCCCCAGGAGAUGGAGGUGGACAGUGAGGAUGAGAAGGACCCGGAAUGGCUUCGGGAGAAAACCAUUACUCAAAUUGAAGAAUUUUCUGAUGUUAACGAAGGAGAGAAAGAAGUGAUGAAAUUAUGGAAUCUUCAUGUUAUGAAGCACGGGUUUAUUGCUGACAAUCAAAUGAAUCAUGCCUGUAUGCUGUUUGUUGAAAAUUAUGGACAAAAAAUCAUUAAGAAGAACUUGUGUCGAAACUUUAUGCUCCACCUGGUCAGCAUGCAUGACUUUAACCUCAUCAGCAUCAUGUCCAUAGACAAAGCUGUGGCCAGGCUCCGAGAGAUGCAGCAGAAGUUGGAGAAGGGAGAAUCGGCAUCCCCAACGGACGAGGAAUCUUCCGAGGAACAAAGUGGGACAGCAAAUGGAUUCAGUGAAAAUACCAUGAGAGAGAGGAUUUCAGAAGUGGAAAGCAUCUCAGGUGUCACGAAACAGAGCAAGAAGCAGAAGCUCUGAAGUCAAAAGUCAAUUGUCAUUCAACGGACAAGCAUUGAACUGACAUUCUAGGGUGCAUGAGCUCUAUAAAGAAUUACACAUAGAAAUACAGAGAUUCCAAACAGGCACUGCUGGAUGGAAAUAAAUGAUUUCAACAAGGAUAUUGUUUAAACAGGGUUUUUAUUCAGUUACUUAUGCAAGUACUACAUGUAUAUUGGUUUUGGUGAUGUAAUGACAAUAUUCUAAGAGUUUGAGCAUGAAGAGCAAUAUAAAAAUCUUUUUGUAAUUUUAGUAAUUAGUGUCUUAAGAACUUUAUGGAAUUUACAUAAUUUAAGUAUAUGUAAAACCGUUUUUUAUAUUAAGAUUUUUGCAUCUGUAUCUGGCUGUUUUUCCUACCAUGAAUUUGUGAAACAUUAGGGAAAGGGGAUUGGGAUACAGUUUCUGCUUUUCUUAUUUAGAAAUUCUCCAGUUAGCUUUUUGUGAAAAUAACGUCUGACUAUUUACAGUUUAACCUUGAUCCUUGUAUUUGAAAUCAUUUAUCAAUUGAUCAUAAAUUACAAAUCAAUUUUUUUUACACUAAAAAUUAUCAGAGAUGGCAAACUUAGCACUUCCUUUGUAUUGUGCCUGUUUGGAAGCAUCUUGACUUUUCACGUUCCAGACACAGUGAAGUACCACCUUGGCUUUUUGAGGUUUAACCAGCAGUUUGGGUUUCGUGGAUAAUUCUGAUGUAUUGAUCGCCCAGUGUACCAUUUUAAACUUGAACAUUUAGCUCCUUUAUAUUUUUAUUACACAUCUACACAGCUACAGAGAGGGUUUGGGUGCAGCCCCUUGUGCCUGGGGUCGCCCGUCCUGGGGUGCCAUGCUAAGGCUGGAGCCUCGUGUCCGUCUGCAGGCGCUGCGUCGCCAACUUCCCGCGAAGUUCUCGCCUCAGCACAGACUGCAAGGCCAGGCCGUGGGUUUAGCUUUGGCUUUCGAGAUGCCACUCUUGAGGGAAAAAUGCACUGUAAAAUUGGACCAGAAAAUGUGUUGCACUUCUUAUGUAAGUAUUCUGUGAUGUAUUGUAUUCAAUACAGAUACUAAGAUGCUGACUAAACUAUAUUUGAGCAGUUUUGCACUGCUGUUAACACAUUUUAUGCAUACGUUUACAGAUUUUUUCCAAUGGAAAGUGGUUUCACUACUGGUACAGUAUCAGCACCGAAGGGUUUUAUUCCAGCAAGCACUGUGGUUGAGUGACAUCACCUCAAUUUUUUAUUAUCCUUAAAAUAUUUCAUUUUUCAUAUUCUUUAUUUAUAAAGGAACAAUGCUGCUGUAAAUACAGGUAUUUUUUGUUUUUUAUUUCAUUCCAUCACCAUGAGAUGCAGUUCCCUAUUUGUUGAAGGGGUAUAUAAGCUUUCUAAUGGUGUCUUCAGAAAUUUAUAAAAUGUAAAUACUGAUUUUGAUGGUCCUUAAGAUGUGUUUAACUGUGAGACUAUUUAACUAAUGGUGUGGAUGUGAUUUGUCAUCCAGUAUUAAGUUCUUAGUCACUGAUUUUGUGUACAAAAUAGGAAAGAGGGAAACUGCAGCUUUUCAUUACAAACUCCUUGAAUUGCCAGCUCUCUUGAGUUUUAGCAAACUCUAAUUAUGCCUCUGGAUAGUACAUCAUGCAUUUCUCUCUGGCUUUAAUUUGCUAAAGCUGUGCACAUAUGUAAAAAAAUAGAUUAUUUUAGGGGAGAUGUAGUUCUAGAAUUAUUGCUUAUGUCAUUUCUUAAGCAGUUAUGCUCUUAAUGCUUAAAAGAAGGCUAGCAUUGUUUGCACAAAAAGUUGGUGAUCCCCCCAAAAAUAGUAAUGAAAUUACUUCUGUUCAGUAAACUUUGUAUGUCAUGUCAAUUUAUAAUAAAAGCUGAAAAAAUCCCCUUGUUUUCUAUUUAUAAAGAUGCCUUUUCUAUUUGUACCUUUGAAGAUGCCAUGUAAGCUGGUUAAAAAGAAUUUGAACGGUACAGUAGAUGUAAAAACAAAAGAAAACCAUCCCUCCCCCCCAAAAAAAACCCAAAACAAGUUCAGCUGUUUAAAUGAACCAUUGUUUUUCAUUAAAUGUUUUAUUUGAAAUCA